UAACCAAAAAGAAGAAAACACGUUAAAAUUGACGUGGACGAUAGUAGCUGGUUCAUACAGAAAACUCAAUAAUGUACGCGAAUUUCUAAUAAUUGUACUAUCGAGGAAGAAUAAAUCAGUUGAAAUACGUUUCUUUAUGUGAUUAAGAAAUAAAGAUGGCUUUAUAUUUCAAAAUGUAUGGUGUGGUGUGUUCGGUGUUAUUAUCUUUAUUAUUAAGUCAAAAUGCGGACGCAGCCGCGGUUAUAUCCAUUGAUUUUGGAUCGGAAUGGAUGAAGAUAGGAAUUGUUUCGCCGGGAGUACCUAUGGAAAUAGUGCUCAAUAAAGAAUCAAAACGGAAAACACCAGCUGUUGUUGCGUUUAGAGAUGGUGUCAGAACGUUCGGUGAAGAUGCGGUAACCGUUGGAGUACGAUUCCCGAAGAAUUCCUAUAAAUGUUUGCUCGACCUAUUAGGCAAACCAUUUGACCAUCCAUUAGUGAAAGCCUACAGAGAGCGCUUCCCAUACUACGAGAUUGUGGAGUCAAAACGGGGUACACCAGAGUUCAUUCAUGAUGAGAAUACAAGGUUUUCACCUGAAGAGCUGGUGGCUCAGUUACUUGGAAAAGCUAAGGAUUUUGCUGAAAUCAGUCAUGGACAACCGAUUUCUGAGUGUGUUAUAACAAUACCUGGUUACUUUAACCAAGCUGAGCGCAGAGCUAUGAAGGAAGCUGCCACAUUAGCUGGCUUGAAUGUGCUGCAAUUGAUCAAUGAUUACACAGCUAUCGCUAUAAAUUAUGGAAUUUUCCGGAGAAAGGAAAUUAAUGAAACAGCAUGGCAUACACUUUUCUUUGACAUGGGAGCGGCCUCAACGAAGGCAGCUCUAGUUGAGUACAAAACUGUGAAGACAAAGGAGAAGGGCUAUGUUGAAACUGUGCCGCAGUUGCAAGUUAUUGGUGUUGGUUUUGAUAGAACUCUAGGUGGUUCGGAAAUGACAUUGCGUCUUCGGGAGCACCUCAUCAAAUCGUGGGAGGCUAACGGUGGUGGUGAUGUAAGGGCUUCGCCCCGAGCCAUGGAGAAGCUUUUGCGUGAAGCAGAACGUUUGAAGAUUGUUCUCUCAGCUAAUUCAGAACACUAUGCGCAGAUUGAGAGCUUAUUGGACGAUAAGGACUUCAAGUUAUUGGUGACCCGUGCAGACCUAGAAGCUCUAUGUACCGACUUGUGGGAAAGAGUAUCUAACGUCAUCCAACGAGCGAUUUCCUCAGCGGGUGGUUCUGGGGCUGGUGCUAAAGUGAUCGUGGCCGGUGGAGGGUCCAGAGUACCCGCUGUGCUAGAGGCGUUACGUAAGGCCGCUGGUGUGGAGCCGCAUAAGUCUAUCAAUGCUGAUGAGGCUGCUACUAUGGGGGCUGUCUAUAGGGCUGCAGCUCUAGCUACAGGUUAUAAAGUGGCAGCUCUAAAUGUGCGCGAUGCUGUAUUGCUGCCCGUUCAAGUUGUGUUCACCAGAAAUGUUGAUGGGAAUGAUAAAUUGAUCAGGAGGACACUGUUCGGACCCAUGAAUCCUUAUCCCCAAAAGAAAGUUAUCACUUUCAACAAACACACAGACGACUUCAGCUUCAAUGUAAACUAUGCGGAAUUAGAUCACAUUCCUUCCAAUGAACUCAAUUACAUUGGCCCUCUGAAUCUCUCACAAGUCGUCUUAAAUGGAGUCAAUGACGCAUUGAAUAAAAACACAGGAGAAAAUGUUGAAAGUAAAGGCAUUAAAGCACACUUCAAUAUGGACGACUCUGGUCUUCUGAACUUAGUGAAUGUUGAAUUCGUAGCUGAAAAAACAGUGACGGAGGAUGAAGACAAGGAUAGCACGCUCUCAAAGAUCGGAAGCACUAUAAGCAAGCUUUUCGGUUCAGACUCAGAACUGCCAGACAAACCAGAACUUAAGCCCGAGGAACAAUCGCAAGGAGCUGAGAAAAAUGAAACAACAAAGGCCAAUGAAACAAGCACCGAGAAACAAAACGCUACCGAACCAGAAAGCAAACCGAAACCAAAAAUAGUUGUGUUGAAGGAACCCAUCAAGACUGAGGAGCAAAUACUUAACUUGCAACCGCUGACCGCAGAACAAUUCAAAGAGUCUAAGACGAAGAUUAUUGAUUUACACAACAUUGAUAGGAAGCGCAUUGAACGAGAAACGGCACUCAAUAACUUGGAAGCGUUCGUAGUUGAUGCACAAAUGAAGGUCGAUAUGGAGGAGUACGCGGAAUGCGGAACUCCAGAGCAAAUUGAAGAAAUCAAAAAACUGUGCAGCGAAGUAUCUGAAUGGCUUUACGAUGACGGCUACGAUGCUCAAACGGAAAUGUUCGAAGAGAAACUAAACAAUAUCAAGGAAAAGACCAAUUCAAUAUUCUACAAACACUGGGAGCAUAAAGAAAGACCUGACGCAAUCGCGGCUAUACGUAGCAUGCUCAACAAUUCCCACGAAUUCUUAAAAAUGGCAAAGAAUUACACUAAAGAAGCUAAUGCAGAAAGAGAUGUGUUUACUGAAGUGGAAAUUACCGUCCUGGAAAAGAAAAUCGAGGAAACUGAAACCUGGUUGAGCAAAUCUAUCAAGGAACAAGACGCGCUGAAGAAAAAUGAUGAUAUCAAACUGACAGUUGAAAGCAUAAGGGAGAAGAUAACGAAUUUAGACCGCGAAGUCAAAUAUUUACUUAACAAAUUGAAGAUUUGGCGGCCAAAGAAGGUCAAGAAGGAAGAAAAUAAAACGGAAACUGUGACAGAUUCCGAGAAAACUGAAAACACAGAAAAUCAGGAAGAAAAACCGGUUGAACCUGAUACAGAACCGGUUGCACAAGAACCAGAAAAGUCUACUGAAAAAGAGGCCGAGACAACAGAAAUACCGCAAUUAGAUAAUAAUAGUGAACAUUCCGAGUUAUAAUGUUGUGGAGUAAUUUAAUUUAUUUAGUGUAAUUUAUUUUCUACGUGAUAGGGCGUUCGUUUUUUGUAUCGUAGUCGAAGCACAAGGGUUUUUCUACGUUGUGUUUGUCAUUGUUAAAGUGCUGUUUGUUAUAACAUGUUGAUAGAUGAUGAUGCAGAUGUUGGGAUAAAAAGAAGUGAAGAAGUCAUCUUAGCAAAUUGUUUUUGGCGACAAUCAGUUUAUAGGUUUAACGUAUUAACUGUUGCACGAAUUUCGAUACCUAGAUUUUUUAGUGUAUAUUUUUGAUCAUAAUGUCGUGUUGGUUUAUCGGUAUUCUAUAAGUACUAAUAGAGUACAAAAAACGAACACGCCCAAUGUAGCCGAAGCUUAAUUCUCAACUUUACUGCUGCUUCACUUAUUUAUUAAACCAUUCUUGUACCAAUAUAUCGAGACAUUUCACAUUCGGACUGAAUUUAAUACAUUAUUUGCGUUUAUCUGUAUUUUUUAUUUUUCUAUGGUUGUUGAAUGGAAUGAAUAAUAUGACCCCAAUGAAUUUUUCAAUAUUGUAUAUUUACUUGUGAAUGUAACCGAUUGUCUACUUAUAUAAGAGGUCGUAUUAAAUCUUUCUUUAAUAUUCGGAGCUAGUAAAGGGAGAUUUCCUAGAAUUCUCGCAAAUGAUUCAGGAUAUAAUUAAAUGACGUGAUCCAACGGUCUGUGAACUUUCAGUGUAUUAUGUAAGUGAGAUUUAUGAAGUACCCAGUCGCAAAGAAAUUAUAAAUAAAUUAUUGGAAAUUA